CCUUAGUUAGACCAGCUCUCACGUAAACUCGUAAAUGCAGCAAACCUUCACGUCAAUUCGAGGUAUAUCUUCACGGUCACCUUCGAAUGCUUCUCAAUUCUGCGCGACCAAAACAGCAUUCCUGUUUAGGAAGGUGGGAUAGUUAUCUGGUGUUUGCCCCGCAGAAGCUGCAGCAUCAACAUCAGCACUACCACUCGGUCUCACAAGUACCACGACUACAACAGCCAAGAUACGAGAAAACACCAAGAAAUAAGAACAUCUCCAGCUUCAAUCGCAAUCUAUCGAAUACAUCAGUAAUAAAUCAGCAAGCUCGAGCCAGCAUGAGUCCAAAGAAGAUCGCGCCAUAUGGCACCUGGGAGAGUCCCAUCACCACAGACAUCGUGUCUGGAAGCAGCCUGGUGUUCGCAGAAGUAUACGCCAACCCGAAAACCAAAUCAAUCUAUCUCGUAGAGGGCCGUCCCGCCGAGAAAGGCCGCCAAGUGAUCGUGGAAGUCAAAGAUGACAAGACCAUCGACAUCUUACCAGAGCAAUACAACGCUCGUAGCAAAGUCCACGAAUAUGGCGGCGCAGCAGCAACGCUUUCUCCAGAUGGAAAUCUAAUCUUCAAUGACGCCAAUACAAAUGGUGUCUUUUCCCUCUCUCCAUCGGGAGAAGUAACCGAAAUCCUGGCCGGCAACCCAAAACUGAGAUACGCCAAUUUCGAUGUUCAUCCCAUUGACAACCAUCUCAUCGUCGCCAUCCAAGAAGAUCAUUCCGCACCUCUUCUUGUUGACGCUGUCAACACACUGGUGGUCAUCGACAGUAAGAGCAAGAAAGCAGAGAUUGUUGUGCGAGGAGCGGAUUUCUACUCCCAGGCUAAAUCUAGUCCUGAUGGGAAGAAGCUGUCUUGGUUGCAGUGGAAUCAUCCCGAUAUGCCGUGGACAGGGGCUGAAGUCCAUGUUGCUGAUUGGGAGGGUGGGAAGGUAGGGAAAGCUGUCAGGGUCGCGGGCAAGGCGAGAGAGGAGAGCGUGUCGAUGCCGAAGUGGCAUGUUGAUAAUACCCUGCUGUUUACUAGUGAUCGGACUGGAUUCUGGCAGAUGUAUCGGUAUGAUCCGAAGUCUGGAAAGACUGAAUCUUUGCAUUUUAAGGGGUAUGAGGAUGCUGAGAUGGGAUGUCGGGAGUUUGCGCUUGGCUCAUGCACUUACCUAUCAAUGGAUGCGAACACACUGGUUGUCACGUAUAACAGAGACGCAACAAAUGGUCUGUUACUCUACGACAUGACCAAAAAGACAGUUCAGGAGCUACCCACGGGUCUGGUAGCCAUCGAUUGGUGUGCUCUGAGCAGAGUCUCCGACACUGAAUUCGUGGUCAUUGGAGCUACUCUCACAGCACCGGAGUCCUUGUACCUGAUCAAUAUCACCAAGCCGACGGAGAAAAAGCUCCUCAAGACAUCAAUCAACGUCCCGCUCCCACCUUCUAUCUUCUCCCAAGCACAAACAAUAACCUUCCCCCGAACCCACGGCGAUAUCGGCACCCCCUCCCACGCCGUCUUCAUCCCCCCUCAAAACCCCGACUACGAAGCCCCAGCCGGCUCCAAACCACCCCUCAUAGUCUUCAGCCACGGUGGUCCAACCAGCCACGUCUCACCCGGUCUCGCUAUCGGGGCUCAAUACUACACCUCUCGAGGCUACGCAUACUGCUAUCCCAACUACGCUGGCUCAACAGGCUAUGGUCGCGAUUAUCGCGCACAGCUGGACCACAACUGGGGCGUUAAAGACGUCGAAGAUACAAUCUCCUGCGUCGAGUACCUCGCGUCUCAGAACCUCAUCGACGGCACCAAAGUCGGGAUCUCAGGCCGUAGCUCAGGCGGGUACACCACCAUCCAGGCCCUCUGCAGCUACCCCACCUUCUUCGCCGCGGGCGUCUCCCUCUUCGGAAUCGGUAACCUACGAGCCCUCUUCGAAGACGAUCCGCACAAAUUCGAAUCGCAGUAUGGCAUCGCUCUAAUCUUCCCCGAAAACGCUACCGAAGAAGAGAAAGAGAAGAUCUUGUUUGAGCGCAGUCCGUGUCUGCAUGCUGACCGGACUGAGAGUCCGUUGUUGUUGUUACAGGGAGAUAUUGAUAGGGUUGUGCCGUUGGAGCAGAGUGCGGAGAUGGAGAGGAUAUUGAAAGGGAAGGGAGCGGAUGUUAAGAUGGUUGUGUUUGAGGGGGAGGGGCAUGGGUUCAAGAUGAGGGAGAAUUUGAAGAGGGCGAUUGAAGAGGAGGAGGGGAUGUGGAGGAGGACUUUGUUGUAG